AUGCAUAUGAGAAUACACAAUAGUGAUAAACCUUUUAAAUGUGAUGUGCGUAGUAAAUCUUUUAGUCUUAAACCACACUUGAAGUCACACAUGUGUAUACACAAUGGUGAUAAACCUUUUUACUGUGACGUGUGUGGAAAAGAUUUUAGACGACCUGGUCAUUUAAAGUUGCACAUGCGUAUUCACACUGGUGAUAAGCCUUGCAACUGUGACGUGUGUGGAAAAGAGUUCAGACGACCUAGUGAAUUGAAGUCACACAUGCGUAAACACAACGACAAUAAACCUUUUAACUGUGACGUGUGCGGAAAGAAUUUUAGACGACUUAACCCAUUAAAUUCACACAUGCGUAUUCACACUGGUGAUAAACCUUUUUACUGUGACGUGUGUGGAAAAGAGUUUAUACAACCUAGUGAAUUGAAGUCUCACAUGCGUAAACACAACGACGAUAAAACUUUAAACUGUGAUGUGUGUGGAAAAGAUUUUAGACGACAUGGUGAAUUGAAGACACACAUGCGUAUUCACACUGGUGAUAAACCCUAA